AUGAAAUUUAAUAGACCAAUGGUAUUAUUAACAGAUAUUGGAGGAUUAGGGAAAUGUCAAGAAAUGUUAAAUAAUGUUAUGAUGGAAAUAAGAAAGAUAGUAUUAAGAAAAGGAUGUUGUUUACUUCCUGUUGAAUGUGGAGGAAGAAUAAUGGAAUAUAUGGAAAUGGUUUAUAUUUCAUGUGAUGUUGAUAUUAAUAGGGUAAUUAAAGAUGCAUCAUUUUAUUGUAUUUCAAGUGUAGCUGAUCAAAUUAAAGAAAUGAAUAAAACUAUAAUGGAAUGGGUUCGUGAUGGGACUGAUAUUACUAAUUUUAAAAACAUAUCAUUUCAAGAUAAUUUAGAGAAAUUAAAACGAGACCUUGAUGCAAGAAAACCAUGUGUUGUUUUUGCUACAUUAGCUUCCUUCUCUGUUGGAAGUAUUUCAAGAGAUGUUUUAUUAAAAAUUUGUAGAGAUAAAAGAAAUGGAAUUAUUUUCCUUGAACCACCUCAAAAAGGAACUGUUGCAAGUGAAAUUGAAGAAUUUGCUAAUCCAAUGAAUCAAAAAACAAGUGUUAAAGUUGAUGUAUGGCAUACAGAAGAUUAUACAGAAGAAGAAUUAAAAGAAAUUGAAGCAUUAAAAGAACAAAAAGCAAAAGAAGAAAAUGAAAAUAAAGAACAUCAAAUUGAAGAAGAAAAAGUUCAAGAAAAAGAAAUAGAAGAAAUAGAGGAAAUUGAAGAAGAAAGUGAAGAAGAUAAAAAAACUAUGUGGCAAAUUAAAACAGAUUUAUAUGAAGAUGAUUUAGAAGAUGUAGGAGGAUUAUUUCCAUUUUUUCAUAAUAAAGUUGAAACAACAGUUUAUGGAGAUAUUUCAACAUUUAAAAUUGAAAUGAGUGUUGAAGAACCAUUAUUAGGAAAUAAAGAUGUAGAUGAAGUUAAUGAAAUAGAAGAUUAUCCUCGUAAAUAUGUUAAAGAAGAAGAAGAAUUAAUUAUUAGUUGUACUGUAGCAUCAUAUGAUGUUAGUGCUGAAAUGGAAACAACUAAAAUUCGAUCAAUUAUUGCAAGAUUAAUUCCUAGGAAUUUAGUUUUUGUUUCAGCAUUAGAACCAAAUGGAAUAGAAUGGUUUAAACAAAAUUUACCUCAUAGUAACAUUUAUGGAUUUAAUAAUACUGAAAUAAUGACUACUGUAUGUCCUGUAACUCCUUCAGAAACAUUUACAAUCGAUGAUAGCUUAUUAACUGUCAUGAAAUUAAAUCAUUUUAAAGAAUUUAAUUUAGGACCAAUUGAUGCAAAAGUAGAAGAUGGAACAUUACUUCCUAUCACUCGACAACAAAGAAAACGUCAUGAAUCAGUUUAUAUUGGUGAAUUACCAAUUAAAGUUUUAACUAAAGCAAUUGAAACAGAAAAUAUUGAUGUUAAAAUUGUUAAUGGAACAAUUGUAUGUGCUAAUGGAACAAUUACUGUUUCAAAAGAACCAUCAGAUGUACCUAAAUUUAUUGUAAGAGGAAGAAUGAAUAAAGCUUUUUUUAAAGUUAGAAAGAUAGUUGCUGAACAAUUUUGCAUUUUGUAA